AUGGUUCAGAGGGACCAUUGCAGAGAGCUACUUGUCUUUUGGUGCUUUGGAGUUUACAAGAUCACAGCUAUGAUUGCUAAGUAUUGUUGGAUGAGUUUGGACAAUUGUUUAUGGUGCAUCUUUUAUAGGCAAUGGGCGAUUUCUCUGGAGAAUGUCAGCCAAGUCUUUUAUGCGUGGAUUGUAUCAGCAACAAACAACAGCAUCCAUAUCGUUGGUUCCAUAUCAAGCUUUAUCCCAUCAUCUGGUUCUUCUCGUUAUCGGCAAUUCGGUGGGCAUCCUGAAAUGAAGGUCUCUUAUCGAUUGAUCACAUCAGCAACAAGGAACAAUUUGUAUAUCUUUGAUAUCAGCAAGCUUUCUAUCUCUUGGUGGUUCUGGUUAUUGGCGAUUCCUUUGAUGGAUCUCUACAACUAUACGUGUCUUAUGGAUGGAUCAUGUCAUCAACAAGCGAUGAGAGUCCACGUUGACAUCUUUGGUGUUACCAAGGUCAUUUAUGCAUCUCCUCAAGGCAUUCAUCGUCAAGCUGCAUUCGAUUUCCAAUGA